AUGAUUAAAAACUUUAAACAGAAUUUCAGUAUGACAACUUCGUCGGCACAACAUACUCCCGUAAAGAAUCUAUGGAAAAUAUAUGCACCAGCUCUAGGCCUUUACAUACGUUCUACACCCAGAUUUAUCCUUUAUCAUCAUACAAAAUGUACACUAAUGACAACAUCAAAUGUGAAUCGAUCUAUACUCAAACAAAUAUUUCUUUCAUUUCGAACAAUGUUUUAUCGCGAACGACCACAUCUGGUUGGUGUAGAUAAAUCAGGUAAUCGAUAUUUUGAAGCACCACCAAAUAAAGCGAGUGAACAUACUCAUUUGUCAAAAUUACCAAAGAGAUUUUUUCUAAUGCCUGGACAAAAUGGAUUAGAAUGCUCACUUGGGAAUAUGGAUGUAGAAUUAUCAUCUAUACCACCUGAAUGGUAUUCAUGGUUGAGACAUCGACGUUCUCAUCCACCUACAGAAGAAGAAAUAGAAGCUAAUGCUGUAUCUAUGAGCAACCGUCUUAGUCGCGCAGCAGAAUUAGAGAUAAAACAUAAUGAAGAACGUGAAGAAAUGAUUAAACAAGGAUUAUUACAUACUACUGAUAAAAUGGAAUCAUCUAAUAUUCAUAAUAAAUCUUCAUUUCCUAUUUAUUCAGAUUUACAAAUUUCUCCAGACAAAAAUAAUAAAAAUACAAAAUAG